AUGGCCGCAAAGAUUCCAAGAAACUUCAGGCUUCUUGAGGAGCUUGAAAAGGGAGAGAAGGGCUUGGGAGCAGAGGCGUGUUCCUAUGGUCUUGCGGAUGGUGAGGAUAUGAUGAUGAGCAAUUGGAACGGCACCAUUCUUGGCCCACCCCAUAGCGUCCAUGAGAAUCGGAUAUACAGUGUCCAGAUCCAUUGCGGACCUGACUAUCCUGAUAACCCCCCAACUAUCCAAUUCAUUUCUCGCGUCAACAUACCAUGCGUCGACCAGAAGACGGGAAAAGUCGAUCCCGCCAAACUCCCCUGUCUGGCCCAGUGGAAACGGGAAUAUACCAUGGAGACGAUCCUACUUGAGAUCAGAAGAUACAUGGCCCUACCACAACACAAGAAGCUUCCCCAGCCCCCAGAAGGCACCAACUUCUGAGUCUAUCGCCUUGUACAUGGAUCAGACAAUGAUCAUUGGAGUAACAGGUCGGUCAUUACGUUAGGUCUCUCUCCUUACUACAUUGAGUUCUAGAGCGUGUACAGUCUAUGCAUAUCAGCAGGUAUUGGCGUGGUUUCGUUAGAAGCCCAUUUUUCAAGCAAUCAAAAUACGAAACGUGCCAGAGAUUAUAUCUGACCCUAACCUUGUAACAGCGACAAUGGAAG